AAGAAGCGAAAUGUGUAUCUUCAAGUGGAACAUUGCAUUUUUGGUCGUGAUCGGUGGUUUAAUGCAGCAAAGCAUUUCAGCUACCAUAUGGCCCUCCCACAUUAAGCCAACCUCGAUAGUCGGCAAACGAUUGAUGAAGUACGCUCCCAGAGGUAGUAGCAAGUACAAGGGAUUUCCGCAUGAGUACGGAUUCGGACAUUACUACCAGGGGGAUAUUAUUCUGCUACCGCAGCAAUUGGGCCGGGUUGCGCUAGGUGAACAGUAUGUGAGCCAGAAGUGGCCGGCAGGUAUUGUGCCCUACAUCAUUAAGGCCAAUUUCACCAACGCGGAGCUCAGGACACUGCAAGCCGCUUUCCAGCAGUUCGUGGAUAACAGCUGCGUUCGGUUUGUACCUCGUAAGACCGAGAAAUACUACGUCACGAUUACUAAUCUCAAGGAGGGUUGCUACUCCUUUCUUGGACGCAAUUCGGCAAAUCAGAAUAACAUAAUCAAUCUGCAGACACCGGAGUGUAUGCAGGUGGUCGGUACGCCGGUGCAUGAGAUGAUGCACGCGUUGGGUUUCUUUCACGAGGUCAACCGUCCGGAUCGUGAUGAAUAUGUGACACUGAAUACGACAAACCUGCGCCCAGACUAUCAAGAUCCGGCCUUUAUCGAAGCAAAUUUUGGCAAAUUGAAUGACAGCAUGGUUACUACUUAUGGUGUGCCUUAUAACUACGGCAGUGUGAUGCACUAUUCCCGCUAUGCUGGCUCGAUUGGCAUCUGCUGUCCGGUGAUCGACAACAUCAAGCCAUACAACGGGGACUUUGGCAGCGAAGCCGGGUUGACGCCACUCGACAUUCAGCAGUUAAAUGCACGCAAACGAUUGAUGAACUAUGCUCCCAAGGGCAGUAGCAAGUACAAGGGAUAUCCGCAUGAGUAUGGAUUCGGGUACUACUACCAGGGGGACAUCAUGGUGCCACCGCGGCCAUUGGGCCGUGUAGCGAUAAGUGAACAGUAUUUGGGGCAGAAGUGGCCGGGAGCUAUUGUACCUUACGUCAUCGAGGCCAAUUUCACCAACACAGAGAGCCAGACGCUGCAGAAUGCCUUCCGGCAGUUCGCAGAUAAAACCUGCAUUCGGUUUGUACCUCGCCUGGACGAGCUGCACUACGUGACGAUCACGAAUCGCAAUGUGGGUUGCUACUCCGGUGUUGGUCGCGCUGCGAUGAACCAGUACAACAUCAUCAACCUCCAGACACCGGAGUGCAUGGAAUCCGUCGGUACGCCGGUUCAUGAAUUGAUGCACGCGUUGGGUUUCUUCCAUGAGUUCACCCGGCCAGACCGUGAUGAGUAUGUGACAGUGAACAUAACAAAUCUGAGUCCAGAGGAUCAAAAUCCGGCCUUUAUCGAGGCAAAUUUUGGCAAGUUGAAUGCCAGCGAGGUUACUACUUAUGGUGUGCCUUAUAACUACGGCAGUGUGAUGCACUAUUCCCGCUAUGCUGCUUCGAUUGGAAUGUGUUGUCCCGUGCUCAACAACAUCAAGCCAUACUUCGGCGAUUUUGGCAGCGAAGCCGGGUUGACGCCGCUCGACAUUCAGCAGUUAAAUGUACGUUACUGUAAUGCAUGA